UGCGUUUAGUUUCGACGGUGGUUCCAAGCACCGCCGAACCGCCGCGAUCGGAGCUCUGUGGAUGCGGACGUCCGAGUCGACGCGGUUGCUGGCGUCGGCGGCACCGCUUCCCGUGGCGUUGGCGAGGUCGUGGGAAUUUUGGCAGGUCGGGUCGCCGUCAUUUCGCUACUUUCUCCUCGUUUUGCUAUCGCUCAUUCCAUUCAGCGGCCACUUUGUCAAGAACCAAAUGACGAGCAUCCAGCAGCUCAUGCUGGACGACGCGACGUUCCCCAUCACAAACACCAUGUUCGGCGCGCUCAAUUCGGCCGUGAGCGCCCCCAGCAUGGUGAUUCCGUUCCUCGGCGGCCACAUGCUCGACGUGCAAGGCCACUUAAGCGCUGUCUACUUUCUCCUGGUCAUGUUUGCCGGUCACGGGGUCGUCACGUAUGGCCUGGCGACGCACACGUUUUGGCUCGCCCUUGUCGGUCGGGUCGUGUUUGGCAUUGGCGAAGGAAGCGUGGUAGUCGGCGCGAGGGCGAUGGUGUCGCACUGGUUCGACACGUCCGAGCUGACGUUUUCGAUGGGCGUCUUGGUUGCGACGACGAGUGUGUCCAAGAUGCUGGCCAAGGCGACCGUCGCCCCCAUCGCCAUCUACUUUGGUGGGUACAUCUACGGCCUCUUGUACGGAUCCGUCAUGUGUAUGCUGUCGGGUGCGGCCGCCGUACUGGCGACGCAAUACAUUCACACGUUGACGAACUUGAGCGCGUUGGCCCAGGCGAGCCCUGGCCUCCCCCCCGUGGAAGAACCUGACAAACUUGCUUGGCUCAGCAAGUACUUGCAAGUGCGGCCCGCGCACCACCGCCGCACCUCAAUCGGGAUCGGUGUGUCGACCCUCGCCCCGUUGAAAGGCUUUCCCCUCAUGUUCUGGGUCCUCGUCAUCGUUCAUGUCGUGUUCAUUAACGUGUUCCAUCUCUUCCAAAAUAUCUCGAGUAGUUACUUGUACCAAGUGCAUGGGUACUCGGUCGUGUCGUCUGGGUUUGUCAGCAGCAUCUCUCACGUACUCGUUCUCUUGUCGCCGGUCGUGGGGCUGUGGAUCGACUGCCUCGACGGCCGCAUCCAUGUCAUUGUGACGUCAGCGAUCCUCGGUGUGCUCGCGUAUGGGCUGCUCCUGUUCACGACGACUCCCCCCGUCAUCUCGCUGCUUUUGAUUUCGUUUUGCCUGGCGUCGACUCCGGCCGUCCUCAUGGCAUGCGUACCGCUUACGAUCUCGAAAUCGUGUUUUGGUCGUGCCUUUGGCAUUGUCGAAGUGAUCGACGCGAUCGGGUCGACCUUGAGCAAUGUCCUCGUCGGAUACUUGCGCGACUGCACGGGCGACUACACCGCCGACAUGCACCUCUUUUUCGGCCUCGCGUGGGUUCUCCUCGGUGUUUGCAUUACCCUGGGCCUCCUCGACCAUCGACAUGGCCACGUGCUGUCAUCGACAGCCCACACAACGACAGCGACCGAUUCAACUACACCAUGCCCAGUCUCCCUACGCGCCCGACAUGUGUCUUUGUCCUGCGACGACGCCGACGUGUGCGUUGACUUUGCGCGAACGCUGUACGACACCAGUGAUCAUGAGGAAGGGGACGAUGAAGCUAGUGGUGUCGUCGAAUUAUAGGUUCGACUUCUCACAACAGUAAUGAUGGGUCGAAGUCAUUGGCUAGAGGUGCUUAACAGUCUCGGUCAGUGCGACGCCACAGCAUUUCGACCCUUCAGCGUCCAACUUAGAUGCGUGUGGCCCACUGUCAACAUCACGGCAUGCAGACCGGCGCCGCCAAGUUGGGUUGUCCGCAACCUCGACUUGUGUGUCGCAGUCACACCCGGCUAAGGGGCUUUUCGGAGCGAAUUUUGCGUCAGUGACUUUUGAAUAGGCA